UCGUUCCCGUUUGUUUAUGUAGAUUUUGCACGAAUGCAAUAGCACCGAAGUCGCAAGAGUGACGCGUAGCGCCGUGGCGGUUAGGAAGGCCGGUAGUGUGACGGGCCGCGUGGUAGGAGGUUGCUGCGAUUCAAUUUCAGUCGAAGCGCGCCAGGCAGACCGAGCGCCAGCAAGAACCGGCUGCUCUCUUUUCCGCACCUCGAACCUCGUUUUUCGAGCAGCAUAGUCGAAUCGGUUGGUGUGUGCGCGGGUUUCUCUGUCCAACGGUCCAUUCGUGAGACCGGGAUGCACACGUACCGGUCGGCCAGAGGGGGAUGCUCGUAGUGCGUGUGUGUGUGUGUGUGUGCGGUGAGCCUCCCAGCAACCGAGCGAGUGUUUACAUCGUGCGUAUAGCCCACCGCGGACAACCGUUGCACAGGGAACACGGCAAUCGACAUCGCGGAAAGGAGCGUCGAGAGCAAUACUUCGAAAGAUCUUUAGACGAAAUUUGUGCGACUGUAGUCGAGAGUUGCGCGAGUGUGAGUAGAAUAUUCGAACAGUGGAAUUGAACCGUUUCUCCGCGUCGAGGAAACGAUCGCGAAUCGUACUCGAAAAUGAACAAUCGAAAGGUCCCUAGCGUACUAGUGCAGUUAUUUCGAUUAUCGAUCUGGGACUGUCGUCGCACUUUAAUCGAGUGACCCCCCGACCACGUGACACGUACUGCCCGCCGCCAUGACUGCUAGGGGAUAACCAAGAAACCGAGCUCAUUUGUGAGAAUGGAAUUUCCAGGCUACAAAGGCACCGGUCCUCGCGUCAGGGUGCGACGACGCGCGGAAUUAGGAAGACGGCUCACCAGGAGGCUGUCGCUGGUCGCGAAAAUGCCAGCUGCCAUUCUUAACAGAGCGAAUCCACCCGAACCAAGGCCAGUCGAGAUCACGGCGAUCGCACCCGACAAGACCCAGCUCACCCUGCCUGGCGCGUCUCCCGGAGCUGUUUCGACCGUGGUCGCCCCCGUGCUGCUGAAGUAUCGGGUCUGCAGGCCCCGAUUGCUGCUCGCCGGUUCCAGGGCCGAGGUCGAUCCCGCCGCCGACGUGGGACUUUUGCACGGCGAGAUUUUACUCAUCGAGGACUCCGCGAGACAGUACGAUUCGAUCGGAGACACGGACCGUAAGUACAGAGCCACGGAGAAGCUCCUGCACGCCGAAGAGGAGUACCACGAAGCCUUGUGCAGCGCCAAAGAAUUGUACGCUCGACCUCUGGCGCGGAACUAUCCCGAAUUCCACGAUGGUAUUUUCCAACCCCUCGCGGACCUGUCGGUGGUUACUUCUGAACACUGUCAGAGGAUCCGUGGAGCACUCGAGAAUUGGGACGCCAGUACCUUCAAAUCGAGUGACUUAUUCCCCGGCUCGUUUUGGAACUCUUACUGGGAAUACCUGGAGAGCUACGGCGAGGCCAGGAGGAUUCUGGACGAGCUGAGAGCAUCGGAGGACCCCCUACUGCACUUCCUUAGUCUUAGACAAGCCGCGGCCAGGCAUUCCCCGACCACGUUGCUUCUUCUACCGGUCCAGAGGCUGGCCGAAUACGAAAGGUAUCUGGGCCAGGAAGCGAGGAACUUGGUGGAGAACGGAAACGGAACCGUCGGCAGCGGCGCUGUCCUCCAGCGCGGUCAGCUCGAGGGCGAUCUCCAUCGGAUCCAAGAGCUGUUCCCUGGCGACAACCUUCGACUCCACGAACGAGAUGUUCUCACCACGAAAAUGAAGAGUCUGAUCCGCAAGAGAAGUGGUGGGAACCCUGGAAGGCUGACGAGAGUGCUGUCGCAGAAGUCGUUGAAUGUGCCCAGCAACUCACCAGCCCCCAAAUCUCCACCCAGGACUUUCCUCCUGGAAACUCCGGUUCAAUUCACCACGGGUGUGCAGUCACAGGAGAGACACCUCUUUCUGUUCUCCGAUCUGUUGCUCAUCGCGAAGGCACGAAGCGGGGGUAACUUCAAGCUGAAGCAAUCGGUGAAGAUGAGCGAACUCUGGUUGACGGCGGGCCACAUAGAGGACGUGGCCGAGACGAGCAAAUCCCAGGAAACCAGCUUCGUUCUCGGCUGGCCCACUACGAACGUCGUCGCCACUUUCAUGACUGCUGCAGCCAGGGAUCUCUGGUGGGGACGUCUGACCGAGCUGGUACGAGAGGAGAGUAUGAAGGAGCCGCCGGAUACAAACAUUCAAGUCGUGUAUCACGACAGUGACACGAACACGGAAUACUGUAAGACGAUAAUGGUGGGAUCCGAAAUGACGGCAGGAGCCUGCGUGAACCUAGCCACGCGUCUUCUGGACCUCCAAGGCCCGUUUCAGUUGUGGGCCAGGACGUCCGCGGACGAGGCACCCUAUCCUCUGAUAGGUCACGAGAGACCCUUCGCCGUGAAACUCUCGAAUCUGCGACAUACCUUGUCCGCAGAGGAGGGUUUCGACCUGGAGCACUGUAACAAGAGCGGACACGAUACCUGCCACUUCAUCCUCAGGCCCGUGCCCAAGUCGCCAGUGAAAAAGAACAAGUCGAAGAUCACUGGUUUAUUGAGGAGAUCUCUAUCUCUAAAUCCGAGCCUGUUCGGAGUAAAUUUGUCUAGACUCGACGAAAACGGACUACCGAAACCCGUGCUAGUGAUGCUGCAGCAGCUGUUCGCCAAAGGUCCUUUCACGCAAGGGAUUUUUCGAAAGUCCGCGAACGUCAGGAUCGUUCGCGAGUUACGAGAUCAGAUCGAAUCAACCGGUGACCCGAAUUGCCUCGAGGACGCGCCGAUCAUAGCGGUGGCGGCCCUGCUCAAAGAUUUCUUGAGGUCUUUACCGGAUCCUCUGCUAACCUCUCAUCUCUUCCCUCUGUGGAUGGAUAGCUUGGACACGCCAAAUCCUAUUCAAACUAUUAAGAAUAUUUUAGAUAGAUUGCCCAAAGCGAAUUACACCCUCCUGUCGCAUCUGAUAUGCGUUCUGCACCACGUGGCACGAAGGUCGAAGCACAAUCUCAUGUGCGCCAGCAAUCUCGGUGUAUGCUGCGGACCCAGCUUACUCUGGUCGCCUAAUCCUUCGGUGAACCAGAGCAGGUCGAUUCCCACGCUGACGGAGAUGCUGAUCCGUCACUGCGAAGUUCUGUUCGGCGAAGGCGUCACGCAACUCCUCGGGGAGGAGCGCAGCGACAGCGGAGCCGAAGAGAGCACCGACAGCCUCCACUCAGGUGGGCUUUCCCUGGACAGCCUGGACCUGACGGAACCACCGCGAAAAGACCACAUGUCUCUUUCGAGAGACUCCGGGUUGACCCUGUCCGAUUGCCAGCUGUUCAUUCCAGAGUCGCCAGUGGGAUCCGAGGACUCCGCCGUGAACGCCUCGUCGUCAAGCUUCGAUAAAUCCAUAAGCAAGGAGGACAAGUCCGUUAGCAAAUCGUACAUUCGCGUUUACGGUGGAUGGGAGGAGAGAAUAAACGGUUACACGGCGAACAAUCAUCACUCGAGCGCCGUGGAACACGGUGGUUUUAGAGAGGAGAAGAGUAGCAUUGGUUAUCCGAAUCCGAAUUUUCAGAGACAGGACUGGCUGAGAGCUCAGCUGAAGAGAACGCCGCGGACGAAACUCGACGAGCACGACCACCACCGCAAGGAGAGGUUCGACGAGAAAGACAUCUACGGUAGGGAGUAUCUCAGACAAGACUCGAUGAAGGAGAACGUGGAGAACUGCAAAGACAUUUACAGAUCGUCCCAAUUGGACAUAACGCGCGACCUCAGGUCAGAGUACGAGAGAGCGUCGCAACAGGACAUCUGCACGGAGCGAGUCUCAGUUCACAAUUCGGAACAGGAUUUAUCUGGGGAUGCAUCGUUGUCUAGUGACAGAUACGAAUUCAAGAAGGAGAGAUUCAACGAGUUCAAGAAGGUCAAAUCAGAAGUGUACGUCAAUCGAGACUCCCCCGUUUCCCAAAACGGUAGCUACCACUCGAGUAGCGAUCUCUACGAGUUCAAGAAGGUGAAGAGCGAGAUAUAUGUCAACAAAGAGAGCACGCGUACCGAGAGAUACGAAUCCGAGAGUAGCAUCUACGGGAACAGGGACAGAACGAACGAGAUAUAUAGCUCGAGGGAGAGAAACGAUUUGUAUUCGUUUAAGCAAGCCGAGGCGAUCGAUUUAUACGACGACGAGGAUGAAGAAGAGGAAAGAACAUGGCCAGACACACCGCCACCCUUGCCACCGAGAUUGAGGCAUUUGCCACCGGUGCACAUGAAUUUGGAAGACAGGCACAAAGUGGCAGGAAGGUCGAGGUCCCUUCCGCCACCGCCUCCUUAUCGGCCACCGCCUCAACCUCGUGCCUCGGUAGCCGCGAGGCACCUGGGAUACGGUAGAUCGGUCGUAGACGAUGAGAGCUACGUCUGAGACGAUGAAAGUCUGAGACGCUGCCCGUCUAUGUGCACCUCGACGAAAUCAAAGUGCCGAAUGUCGCUGGCCGGGACCACGUAUAUACAUGUUGGCUGAUGUAAACGUGGUCUCGUUACGACAGAAACUAGUCCAAACUGGAACGCAUGCACGAUAUUUUGAGAGACAGUAGGCGAUACAUGUAUGAUAUCUAAUUAACGUCGUCCUCGUCGAACGGAACAGAGAAUGGUUACUUUGUCCGUAGUUUGGUCGAAAGCAAAACGGAGAAAAUUGGGUAGGGAAUAAUGGAGAAAUUCUCCAUACGGAGUGGCGUUACGAAUUACGCCCGCAACAAAGUCAAACCGCGCGCUAUCGAUCUUUGACGAGUUUUAGCGAUAAACUGUGUUACACAGUGAUUCAGGGUGCUUCCACGAGCCUUAACCGUAAGGUUUUCUUUUUAUUAGACUUCAUUAUAGAAAUGUUAUAUUAAGUAUAGACUGUAGCGGACAAGACUUGCGUCGAGAUGAUAUUAUUCGUAAUUCUCUUUUUAUACGCGAUCGAGAAUAGCUGUAAAAAUAUAUAUAUAUAUAAUAUAAUAUACAUGUGUGUAUAAGCAAUGCAUAAACCGCGCAUCGUUGAUAAAAGAUCAAAUAAAGGAACAAAGGGUCCCCGCGGAUGUUUGAACGAAUGCUGGCCUAUAGAGUUCGAGAAAAACAAAAAAAUUUCGUCGAUCCGCAGAACGAACCGCCGAUAAUGAAAUGUAAAUUUUAUCACAACCGCGUCGAGAGUGGAGAUCCUCGUUUUCCAUUCAUCGUCUUUGCGUUCAUCCUCGAAUACGUUCACGUAGUCGGAUACGCACAUCUUUAAAGUGUCUCACGAGUUCGAGAUCGUUCGUAGACUCGUUUCGAGCCAACAAAACAGCAUCGACUUAUCGCCUCGUCGCGUUUCAUCAGGUUUCCUCCUCGCUAUGUAUGUACAUUCGCGUCUCGUUUCCUCUUUCUAAACUUUUCUAACUGGAAAUUAGUUCACCGCGGAAUAAACACGACAAUUUAUAUAACUCGUUCCCCAUCUCUGUCUUUCUUCUCUUUCUCAUUCUCUCUUUCUCUGUUACUUAUAAUUAUCACUCCUCUCUUCAUCCCUUCUUUUUAAUUUUAGAACGUAUAAAUCGUAUAGUACUCGUAUCGCGAAUGCAAGCGCGAUUAUCUUAAGUCAAUAAGAUAUACACCAGAAGUUGUCGGAAGCGUUUUAAUUAAAUCCAAACAUUUUCAUUUUUUUUUCUUUUUUGUAAAUAUUCGUAAUUGUAAAACUUGUAAUCUUUUAUAACGCUAAGCGUAUCACGCGAUACACGCACUACGCAACGCCUGUAAGGUAUGUAUACUUCAUCUAAAUUAUACGACAUGCUAUGAAAGGUUAAAUAUAUUUCGUAUUUUAUAGA